AUGGAUCUACAUUCAGUAAAAGACAAGGUAGUAGUUCUGACAGGUGCCGCCUCUGGAAUAGGCCGGGCGACAGCUCAACUCCUGGCCAGCCGUGGAGUUCUGCUGUCUCUGGCAGACAUCCAGGGACUGGCUCUUGAGACCCUGGGCCGAGAACUUGAAGACCUGCAGCAACACCUCUUCAAAGACGAGGCGCCUCGGAAGCCGCCACUUACCACCGUCCUCUAUGUGCGCUCCCAGACAGCAUGCAACGAAUGGCUUUCCAAGACAGUGGCCCACUUUGACGGGCGACCGAUAUUUAGCGCGGCGAAUCUCGCCGGUGUGAUCAAUCCUAGCAUCACCCUCGAGCGGGGGAGUAUCCGUAACGUGACGGACAGUGAGUUCGACUAG